GCGCGGGGCCCUGUCCCGUCGCUGCCUCCAAACGGAGGCCCCCGGGCUGCCCCGGGCCUGACGCACCGGCACCGACCGCUUCCGCCCUCCCUCCGUCACGUGACGCGCGGUCCCCGGCCCGGCAGCCCGUACGGGAGCCCGAUGGGGACAAGGGGCCCCUUUCCCAGGGUUACCGGAGGAGCGCGGUGAGGGAAGCAGCGCCAGGGGCCGGGGCGCGGCAGGAGCCGCCCGGACGGGACGAGACGGGACGAGCAGGAGCUCACCGACCGCUUUCCCCGCCGCUCAGGAAUGAGUGGGGCUGCAUUCCCAUCUCCAGCUGCUGAGAUGGCAGAAAUGAGUCGCCUGCAGUACGAGAUGGAGUACACAGAGGGCAUCAGUCAGCGCAUGAGGGUCCCAGAAAAGCUCAAAGUAGCUCCUCAAAAUGCUGACCUUGACACAGGCAUCCAAGAAGGAUUUCCCAAUGCCAGUGUAACCAUGCAGGUGCCAGAGCGGAUUGUAGUGGCAGGUAAUACUGAAGACAUUCCAUUUUCCAGACCACCAGACCUUGACCUUCUUCAGUCUACUCCAUUCAAACCACUGGCACUGAAAACUCCUCCUCGUGUUAUCUCUCUUAGUGAUCGACCACUAGAUUUUUUGGACCUUGAAAAGCCUCCACAGCAGACACCACAAAAUGAAGAGGUUCGCUCGGUGGGGAGACUGAAGAGGGAACGUUCCAUGAGUGAAAAUGCCACAAGACAGAACGGCCAGCUGGCCAGGAAUGAUUCCAUGUGGCACAGACCAGAUACUGUCCCAAGAAAUAAAAUGCCACGGGUCCAGUCACCUCUUUCGACUAAGGAUUACACUGUGACACCAUCACUGCAACAGGCUCGUGUCUGUCCUCCCAAUCUGUUACCUGAAGAUGGAACUAAUCUUUACUCUGCUCGUGGCAUUUUGUCGUUUAUCCAGUCUUCCACUCGUAGGGCUUACCAGCAGGUCUUGGAUGUGCUGGAUGAAAACUGCAGGCCAGUGUUACGUGGUGGGUCAGCUGCUAUCACUUCCUCUAACCCUCAUCAUGACAACACCAGAUAUGGCCUUUCCAACUUGGAUACUGCACUUGAGGGAACACCAGAUGACAUGACAGUGGUAGAUGCCGCUUCCUUAAGACGACAGAUAAUCAAACUUAACCGCCGCCUGCAGCUCCUGGAAGAGGAGAACAAAGAACGUGCAAAAAGGGAAAUGAUCAUGUACUCAAUUACUGUAGCUUUCUGGCUACUCAACAGCUGGCUUUGGUUUCGGCGUUAGACACGGCACAGAAAGAUUUAAUAGUUGAAAACACAAAACACUUUGCAAAACUUUGUUUCUGACUUGUAUGCUGUUUUGUAAUUCCUACCCUGGAACACGACAGACAGAGGCUAUAGAGUUGCAGUGUUAAAGGGACACCUUGCUGUUCAGUUCUCAUGUAUCCCAUAGAUUUGCAUUGCAGAUUUUUGCAGCAUCCUUCUUUGCAUGCUUCAGUGUAAAUACAGGGCAGCCAACGUGAAGUGAGGACAGUGAUCUGCAGGAAUAACCCCUGGGUGUAGUGGGAAGAGAAUGAAUGGAGUGAGUGUGGAAAAAAAACCAGAAGAACAAAGGAAUAAAAAGUAGUUUUUAUUGUUCUGUUGUUAGAUGCAAUUACAUACGAUUGUUUUCCCUCAGUCUGAGUAGUUUGAGGUGUGCCAUAUUCAAGGAGUGUGUCCUGUUCCAUGAAUAUAUUCAUUGUUUAAACACAUGUUCAGGUCAACAAAUAAAAGAUAUUCUUUGCUAACAUGCAGAUUGCCCAGAGGUGUAUAGGUAGUAUGUAAUUUUUUAGCUUUAAUUUUGUUUUUUUUUUCUAUAAAAUACUAUUAGUCUGUGAGUGAU